CGUCAACAACAUCGCCAUUGUUAGGACAUCAUUCCGGAUUUCAGAUGGAGCAUUUAUAUUUCCAUGACACUCGUUAUUGAUUAAAGACUCUCAAAAUGCCUCGCAGCGGAUUGUCUGCUGGGUCAGCAAUCCCUCACUCCCCUCUGUCCGGGGGGGUGUCUGGGGCUUGGUCGCGUGCGUUCCAGCGCUCAUACUUGCUGAUUGAUUCUGCGGCUCUUGUUUUUAUCGUAGGGGGUUGGAUUCUGAUUCAGCUUUUCGUUAACCCUUUCCAUCGCAUGUUCUCCCUUGACAACAAAGCCAUUCAGUACCCUUUUGCGACUGUAGAACGAGUCUCUGUCCUAUGGUCGAUUAUUUACGCUGGGGUUAUCCCCUUCGCCGUCCUCGUAGCCUGGGCCGCCGUGUUCCGCCCAAAUCCGCAGAAAGUCCAAGUUACGAUUCUUGGAUUCCUUACUGCCCUCAUGCUUACCUCGCUUGUGACGGAUAUUAUCAAGAAUGCAGUUGGAAGACCUCGUCCAGAUCUGAUUUCGCGGUGCAUGCCUCGGAAAGGUACUCCGGAGAGUACGCUUGUGCUGUGGACGGUCUGUACUCAACCAAGUCAGCACAUCCUGCAGGAGGGCUGGAGGAGCUUCCCCAGUGGACAUAGCAGUUUUUCAUUUAGUGGAUUGGGAUAUCUUUCUCUGUUCCUGUCCGGCCAGAUGCAUGUAUUCCGGCCCCGAACGGAUCUAUUUCGCUGUCUAUUAGCACUUAUUCCAGUUCUCUGUGCUUUGAUGAUCGCAAUCUCACGCUUAGACGAUUAUCGCCAUGACGUCUAUGAUGUUACAGUCGGCUCGAUUCUGGGGUCGCUGGUAGCUUUUUUCUGCUACCGACGUUACUACCCACCUCUACGCUCUUUCCGAUGCGAUAUUCCUUACGGAAAGGAUGAUAUAGGUCUUGAGGGUUUCUCUAAAGUUCCAGAUGACGAGGAGCAACAGUUGCAAGGCCGUCCUGCCUCUCGGCAGUGGUCAGCGCAAGAGUCUUAUCAGCUUGAUGAGACGAUCUCCACGCAUGAGCGACAGGCAAUUUGAAGGUUCUCUUUGUUUCGUCAUGGGGUUGUAUUUCGUCGAUUUUCCUGUCGGUGUUGAGAUGUUUGGAUGACUCUUGUGAUACCCUGUCAUUUUGCAUCAAGCGGGUUUGAUUUAGAGGGCCCGGGUCCUGCAAGGAUUUGUACUCGUAGCUUUGCAAUUAUUAAGAAUUUGGUAACAUAUUCCCUUCAUAGGCAUGUCUAGAAUUUUGUGGGAGCGUACGCGGCAUUGAUGGACUACUGGCCCCGAGAUGGGGU